AUGGCAACCCUGACCACCCAGACCACCCUGACUACCCUGACCACCCUGACUACCCUGACCACCCUGACUACCCUGACCACCCAGACUACCCUGACCACCCUGACCACCCAGAACACCCAGACUACCCUGAACACCCUGACCACCACGCACCACCUGCAGGUGAAGGUGACUCCUGCCACAGAGGCAGGGAAGAGGACAAUGACCUGUAUCACCACCUGUACUCUGGCUGACAACCCCACCUACAUCUGGUACAAGAACGGACACAAAGUAAAGGAGGACACUUCCAGCCUGUACUCAGACUCCUUUAGUGAUGCAGACAGUUACUCCUGUGCUGUAAAAGGCCAUGAGGAUCUCCACUCUCCUGCAGUGUGUCAGAAGUGUUGGAGUGUGACUUACACCCAUCAGAGUAUCUGUGCCUUGAAGGGGUCAUCAGUGGAGAUGUCCUGCUCUUACACAUAUCCCAGUUAUCAUGAGAUCAAAACAGCUUUCUGGUUUACUAAAUGGGAGUCUGGUAUGGAGGCUGAAGAUCUGAGCUCAGUGCCAGGGUAUGAGGGUCAUAUAGAGUACCUUGGAGAUAAGAAGAAUGCCUGUACCCUGAGAAUCACAGACCUGAGAUUGAGUGACUCUGCUGGGUACAGGUUCAGAUUCAUAACAUCUGGAGGAAAGUUUGCUGGCUCACUUGUCUCCCUGACUGUCACAGCUUCUACAUUAUGGGGCAGUUUCCUGGACAUAUAUUAA